AAUAAACGCCGCAGCUAAACGGGAAGCGCAUUGGCAAACGCGGCAGCUACUCAGCCGGCACCGAGCGAUGGAGCCGUCUGCGGUGUGAGCACGGGUGUGAGCGCUGAGCUCCGACCGACCGGAGAAGGGCGAGAAGGGGCGACCGCAGCAGGUGGAAACCUGAUCCAGAGCCAACCAGCAAGAAGAAAGUACCUGAGCGCGCCUCCUCCUCCGCCCUUUCAGCUAAGGGGAACUACUUUUACCCUCGUCCUAAAACGAGAGACCGAGGGAAGGUGAAGGCAAACUGUUUCAUUAGCAGGGAAAUCCUGACCCCAGCGAGCCGCGCCCGGUACACCGAGCAGAGCCAACCUGGGCUUCUGAAGAUAAACCCUUUCCGGAGAAUUCCAGCUGGAGUCGCUGGUACAGUUCUAUUUUUUGUUAUUUAAAUAUAUAUGCUCCUCGCCUCCCUCUUACAGACGCGGCCCUUGCGUGUUAGCCGGAGUGACACGUGUCAAUACCGAGUGGGAAUAUUUACAGUUCGCUCUCAUUUGCUGUCACUUUUAGAGGGUUGGAGCGCUCUCUAUUUCUGGAAAGGGCGUUCUGAUUGGAAACUCUUGUUUUCCCCCACGUAUCUAUACAUUAACGCGCACAGGCGUUUAGAGAGAGACAGCUCUUUUUAGCUUUUGGAGCUCGGAGCCCUGCGGAGAAAGAUGGAAAAGGGAGCCCGACACCGAAACCCGGGUGGGAGCAGAGCUGACACCAGCCCUGAGGACAAGGCUGGCUCGGGAGGGGGCGGAGUAGCCCUGAAGAAAGAGAUCGGAUUGGUCAGCGCCUGUGGUAUCAUCGUAGGGAACAUCAUCGGCUCCGGGAUCUUUGUCUCGCCGAAGGGUGUGCUGGAGAACGCUGGCUCUGUGGGCCUCGCUCUCAUCGUCUGGAUUGUGACAGGUGUCAUCACAGCUGUGGGAGCCCUCUGCUACGCUGAGCUAGGUGUCACCAUCCCCAAAUCUGGAGGCGAUUACUCCUAUGUCAAGGACAUCUUCGGAGGACUGGCUGGGUUCCUGAGGCUAUGGAUCGCCGUGCUGGUGAUCUACCCCACCAACCAAGCCGUCAUUGCCCUCACCUUCUCCAAUUAUGUGCUGCAGCCUCUCUUCCCUUCGUGCUUCCCCCCGGAGUCCGGCCUGCGGCUCCUGGCCGCCGUCUGUUUAAUGCUGCUCACGUGGGUCAACUGCUCCAGUGUCCGAUGGGCCACCCGGGUUCAAGACGUCUUCACAGCCGGGAAGCUCCUGGCCCUGGCCCUGAUCAUCAUCAUGGGCGUGGUGCAGAUAUGCAAAGGAAAAUUCUUUUGGCUGGAGCCAAAGAACGCAUUUCAGAAUUUCCAAGAACCUGACAUCGGCCUCAUCGCUCUAGCUUUCCUCCAGGGCUCCUUUGCCUAUGGAGGCUGGAACUUUCUUAAUUAUGUGACCGAGGAACUUGUGGAUCCCUACAAGAACCUUCCUAGAGCCAUCUUCAUCUCCAUCCCACUGGUCACAUUUGUGUAUGUCUUUGCCAAUGUCGCGUAUGUCACUGCAAUGUCCCCCCAGGAGCUGCUGGCCUCAAAUGCAGUCGCUGUGACUUUUGGCGAGAAGCUCCUCGGGGUCAUGGCCUGGAUCAUGCCCAUUUCCGUUGCCCUAUCCACGUUUGGAGGGGUCAAUGGCUCUCUCUUCACCUCCUCCCGGCUGUUCUUUGCUGGAGCCAGAGAAGGCCACCUUCCCAGCGUGUUGGCCAUGAUCCACGUGAAGCGCUGCACCCCGAUCCCAGCACUGCUCUUCACAUGCCUCUCCACCCUGCUGAUGCUGGUGACCAGUGACAUGUACACACUCAUCAACUACGUGGGCUUCAUCAACUACCUCUUCUAUGGGGUUACAGUUGCGGGGCAGAUAGUCCUUCGCUGGAAGAAGCCUGACAUUCCCCGCCCCAUCAAGAUCAACCUGCUGUUUCCCAUCAUCUACUUGCUGUUCUGGGCCUUUCUGCUCAUCUUCAGCUUGUGGUCAGAGCCAGUAGUGUGUGGCAUUGGCCUGGCCAUCAUGUUGACUGGAGUACCUGUCUACUUCCUGGGUGUCUACUGGCAACACAAACCCAAGUGUGUCAGUGACUUCAUUGAGUCACUGACCCUAGUGAGUCAGAAGAUGUGUGUGGUCGUGUACCCUCAAGAGGAGGACUCGGGGACGGAGGAGGCAAUUGAUGACGUGGAGAAGGAGCAACAGAAACCUAUCUUCCAGCCUACUCCUGCUGAGACCCAGGACUCAGAGGAGCAGCCCCAGCCCUGAAGACUGCGGGCCCUCUAACUGACCACGGCCCCUUCAUCCUUUUUACCCCGCAUCCCUACCUAGGUCCUCCAAACACACACACACACACACACACACACCCCUAUACUUCUGUCAGCCAGGGGCAAGACCUCAAUGUCCACAGAGAAAAGUUCUAAACAAAGACACUGGCCUUUGUACCCAAAGAACCCGUUUCCAGCACCAAGGCCCACGGUCAAGGUCAGUGCACCGGGGGCCUACACACACCCUAGGGGUUGGAGGAGAACAGAGGUGCCAUGGGUACCCUGGGCCCAUGCCCUUUUAGGUGCCUCUAAGAAA